GAAUAAAUCUAAUGAUGUUAUUAAAAACUCUAAAAUCAAAGAUGUUAUUAGCAGAACCCCACGAUAUUACCUGCCCUCAACUGGCUCAAACGAAGCCCCUAGUGCAACUAAUGGUUCUACUAACAGCCUCCCAGUAAAUAACCACCAAGUAUGUGUACCCAAGGAGGGCUCGAGCGAAACUGUAUUUUGCAGUCCCUCGUUAACCUAUCAGCCGGCAGUUGUCUGCGACAUGGAUAACAAUUUAAAACGUAAGCCCUCAGCAGCUAAAGAAUGCACGCCUUCUAAAGUUAACGGAAACAUUGAGCCAUCGAUCGAUCCGGAAGGAAUUAGGCGGAAUUUUGGGGGAAUCCCAUGA